AUGUCGCCGGCGGCGUGGACGAGGACGAGGAAGCUCGUGCUUGGCCUUCCCCUGCUCGCCGGCCGAAGCAGCAGAUCCGCUGGAGAUGGCCGCUCCUCCUCCUACUUUGCCGGUGCCGGUGCCGCCGGAGAGAAGAAGAAGAGGUCUACGGCAGUCCGGAAGGUGGUGGCUAUCGGGGCCAUCAGCCUGGCCGGGGGAGUCGCCCUCAGCGCCAUCAACGACCUCGCCAUCUUCCACGGAUGCACCAGCAAGGCGAUCGACAAGGCUAGCGAGAACCCAGAGGUCGUACAGGCGAUCGGGGUGCCUAUAGCUAGAGGCCCAUGGUACGAUGCAUCUGUCGUUUUGGGUCAUCGGCGCCGAUCCGUGGCGUGCACGUUCCCGGUCACAGGGCCACGGGGUUCGGGAGUGUUUCAGAUCGAGGCCGUCCGGAAUGGAGAGGAUGGUGUGCUUUCGUUUCUGCGCCACCACGACUGGGAGAUACUGGCCAUGGAUGCUCGCCUGGAACUGCAGCUAGAAGCACUACCUUCAGAUGAUGGCAGUCAGGGUCAGCAACCAGUCGUGAUGAACCUAAACCUGAUGAGCAGCACUUCUGCUUAUGACGACGACAAUUGUAAGAUUAGUGAUACUGCUGGUGGUGGGGAAAUCAGUUGA